CAAAAACUUUAUUUAUACUUCUCAUACUUUCUUUAUUCUCAACAACUUCACACACACAGACACACCUAUCAUCAUUCGUUCACCUGGAAAAUACGCACUAAUUUUCAAAUAGUUGGCAAUAAAAUCGCUGAAUGCGAGGAAUGCAAUCGCUGCGCACGCCAAAUUAGUCCGCAUUUUUUCCCUACGCCAGCAAUCAACGCUGCUACAACAGCCAGCACUGCAUGCGUCUGCCUUCAGCCACCACCACUACAUAUACUGGUAUUACUACCCCCACCACUGCUACUACUACUUGGAUUCUUACUUUUAUCUACUACUAAAAGUAUUUAGUUACCGCGCAACGGAAAGUUGCUCCUUUGCCAAGGACGUUGCGCUUACUGUUUCGCGUGCCACGCUCGUAAAAAUACAAGCGCAGAGUAGCAGAAGCGCCGUGAAGGAGUGAGGCUGCCGACGAGAGAACGUUCAACAAAGUUGAAGCAGCAAAGAUUUUCGGUUAUUUACGAAUUUUGUUGAUUUGUUGAUUUCGAGGAUUGAAACUUGUGGCAUUAACAAAUCAGGGCAGGAGACGACACGACGGCAGCGACAACGACGACAAGAGCGACGAAGGCGCCAACAAAAUUUCAAACACCCAGGCAGAAAGUCAACACAAUCAAAAGAAGUGAAGAAAUACAAGUAGCAAAAGCAAAUCAAAAAAACCAUAAAAAAAAUCAAAAAGUGUGUGGUGAAUAGAGGGUUGCGGUGGUGGGUGGAAAGUUUGCGCAACGAACGAAAGCUGAGCAACAGAGUAAGGCUAGUAAGGAAGAGCGAAGCGGGCGACAGCGACAGUAGGAGUAUUCGUGGUAGAGGAAAAUUCAAUUGUAGUUGGCGGCACUAGCAGCAAAAUCAAAUAAUCAAAGCAAACACUGAGGCUAUAAUAACAAAACAAGAAGGCGGACGUAACCGACAGCAGUCACACGCCAGCAUAAUAAACUUGGUAGUAGCAACAAGAAUAAGAACAACAACAGCAACAACAAUGUUAGCUGCCACUAAAGCCGAGCCGAAAGAUGAGCAGCGGCAAAGAUCAAAGCAUUAAAUAGCCCAAGAAGUUGAAGACUCCUAGCAAUAGAAAAAAUCGAAGAAGAAGAAGAACGAGAAGAGGACGAAUAAUAAGCGCUGGCAGUAAAAGAAGUCGCACUGGAGGCAGCAGCAAGAAAACUAACGAGCGCGGCGGCCUCAGUGUCUGGGGCGGCAGCGAAGAUCCGGCGAACGACAAGCAACCGCAAGCAAGCAGCCGCAACAACAGCAACAAAAGUCACUGCAAACAAUUUGUGCAAUAUUAGAGCAGCAACAGCAGCGAGCGCGGCUGCGACGCCAACACAGCGCAGGAUAAUGUGCAGCGCGAAGACUGUCGAGCCGCAUGAACAGUGCCACAAAUGCACGGACGAGCAAUGUGAUGACAGCAGUAGAAACAACAAUUGCAACAACAAUGCCGAUUGCUAUGACAUGCAAGAUGUUGAAGAACAAAAAGGAGCACAGCAACAACAAGAACAACAUCCACAGCAGCAGCAGCAGCAGCAAACAGUCGUGCAUGAUUCGUUGCUGUGGCGACAACGGGGGAAGCAGCGCAACAAAAGGCAAUGGCAGUCAACGUGCGGCACACGCCGUCGAGCAGGAAUCAAGUGGAAAAUUAUAAUAUCAACAAUAAUUUUGCUAUUAUGCCGCAUAAGUCACGUGCUCGCCAUACGAAAGGGUCGUCUCAUGUCCCCGAGCUCAUUCACUGCCCUAAGCGGAGAUCUUCAUGUGCAGAUACAAUUUAGCGGUGAAGAUGUGGCUGCUGCCGUCGCAGUUGGCGGCAAUGGUGCUGUGGGCGUGGCCAGAGAUGGGGCUGAGGAUGUCGUUGAAGUGGCGCCUGAUGAGGCAAACGUGAGGAGCACAACAAUAGGAACAACAACAACCACGAGCAAGACGUCAGCGACGACGACGGCAACGACUACAUCACGCACGACUCGUCCAUUAGGUGGGAUGAGCUUCCAUCAAGUGGGCGGUGGUGGUGGUGGUGGAUUGGGAGCUGUGGAGAAUACCAUUACAAGUACUUUGGUAAUUAGUAAAAUCAUUGAUGAUUUUGCGGAUACAAUAGACGCGACGCCGGGUAAUGAUACAACCACAUAUGCAUCGCCUGCAGAGAGCACACAGUUCAAUGGCAGUUUAACAAGCAGUUCGAGUGCGAAAGUAACAACGCCAUCAGCGUGCAAUGACACCCACAAUCAAACGAUCCCAAAAAGGGUGUUGUACCGCAAACGCAAAGAAAUCGUUCAGAAUAUCCCUGUCUUCCCCGAUCCACGAAACAAUGUUACACAAAUAUCAGUACCCUGUCAGACAUUCACACGCGGCGGUCUUUACGAAAUGCAAGUUGUAACUAACCUGAAGACUACCGCGCCGGUUGCUGCCGUAAAUGGCAGCUCUCGUGAGCCAGUACCAACAGUGACCACCACUACUUUGAUGCCUGUUGUGGAUGAGCGUCUGCGUCAAACGCUCGACGUACGAUGGCCCAGCGCGGACAUGCAAGUGGAGCCGACACGCUUGCGCACCUACCCCGAUCAACCGAUAGAGGUGACGUUACGUUUUCCGGAAGUAAAUUGUGAACGCGCUUGGCUUGAGAGCAACUCUCUAGAUCUUCCGCAAUUCUGGCUGGAGCUCAUCUACUGUGGCAAGCAACGUAGCUGCAAUGAAGUGCUGCCACAAAAUAUCAGCAAAUCAAGCAUUUUGUAUAUGGAGCAAGUGCGCGGUUAUCCGAAGCAUAAGCUGGUGCGUUUGGGGUGUGAACUUUUUGGUUUGGCUGGCAAUUAUGCAGUGCAAUUGCGUUCGAUGGUGCCGGCGCCGAAUGUGCCGAUUACGCGUCGAUUUCUGAGCGUCGACUGGAGCGAUAAAUUCGUUUUUAAUGUGUAUGCGCGCAGCAUCUUUCCUUGCGACCCACAUACGGGUAUUGGCGUGCUUUACGAAUAUCCGUCCUGCAUACUCGAGCAGGGUGAUCGUGUGCGCGUGUUUGCCAAAUUGCGCGCCGAUGUGGCGUCGUUGAAGCCGCCUACUACGUUGCACUAUGUGGCCGAACAGCGAGUGGUGAAGAGUCACCAUUCACUUUACUUCAGCUGUGAACUGUUCACAGAAAAAUAUGUGGAAUAUUGUUUUGUCUACGUGAGUCAGGCCAUAUCGGGAGCGGUAGCUGAUGUGCGGAUGGACUGUGUGCCCACGUUGCCAGUCAGUGAAUCCGAUACUGGCGGCUGGGGACCGUGGAGCGAAUGGACACCCUGCUCGACAAAUUGUCUAGGUGGCACGCGUAAUCGCUAUCGAUUUUGUGACUCGCCCCCACCGCGGUAUGGCGCAAAGUUCUGUGAAGGUCCCUCUGUGGAGACAGAGAAAUGCGGCAAAGCCAUCGCUGAUACUUGGGAUUGCAUUUACGAGAGCAGUGGCGCUACUUUUACAGCCGCCAAUCGCACUGAGGUCAGUCAAGAGAUUGGUCCCGGUUGUCGCUGUGGCUGCAUUGUGCAUUUGGGUUCGUCGAAACCGAAACGUAUUUUAGCCGGAGCCACACAAAGCUGUCCAGGUCGUUCGUUUUGGCUCAUACAGGUGGAUGGUGAGGAGAAUAUAGCGCUUAGUUUGAACUUUUUGCGAUUACCCUGUCCGGCGCAGUACAUCAAGGUACGUGACGGACCGUCGCUCUCAUCAACGCUGCUCAUUGAAUUGAACGGUGGAAGUAAUUUAAAUAUGCCAACACAAAUAGAAUCGAGCGGCGCACAAUUGUUGCUGGAGUUCUAUGCAGGCGAAGCGAGUGAUGUAGCAGUGUCCGCCAACAGCAAAACCAACAACAACAGCAGUGGCAAUGCACGAGUGGUAGGUGGCGUUGUUGGAGAUGUGGUCGGGGCUAACGUAAAUGCCGCUUGCACUGGUGGCUUUCUGGCGAAUGUCGAGCAAAUUGCGCGCAAUGACACAACAACUUUGCUGGCCGCAGCAACCAGCAGAUUGUCGGCGAAGAGUCGCAGCAUUAUGCAGAAGCCAAAAUUUAGUCGUUCGAAAUUUACGUUGGUCCACUUGAGUGCGGUGGUCUUUGCCAGCAUCAUUAUCUUGAUCAGCGCCUUGUUAGGCGCGCAAUAUGUUGUACGUUAUCGCAAAUACCAUUUGGCAGUGGCGCGCCGCCGAGAUGAGGGCUCCCGCUUGCACACACCGCGCGCAUCAAUGAGCUCCUUACAUGACCCUCCAUCACGCGCCAUUUCAACUACAACGCUGCUAUCGGAGGUCAUCUAUUUGGUGAAAAUGCGUCCGAAACAUCAGUUACGCCAUUCCAUACUGCGGGAGAGUGUCGAUGCGGAGAAUUUGGCACACGAAACGGAAUUCAAUGACCCCGAGGAAGAAGAUGCACAAACGACGACACGCAUGGUGAAGUGCGAUGAGGAGCGCGGCAGCAAUGCCUCCGUUGUCACUUUGCGCAACGAAAUCUCUCAAUCAGCUGAGUCCGUGAGUGGUCUCAGUCGUUCGCCCUCACUAGAUGAAGCUCUGGGCUCAACCACUGCCGCGGCUGAGACGAGUGGCAUUUGUAGUGGCACGCUGACACGCAAAGACAGCAGCAAAGACACCGAGUCGAUCAUAUCCUCGGGCAUGAGCUCCAUUUGCGCCAGUCCGCCCAUCACACACUCGGGCCGCUUCAACCGUUACGGUCCCUCGGGCACGCUGAUGCCACAUUUAUCACAGCGCUUAGAUGAAACAACACUUAGCGAUCGCGAAUCGUUGCGUUCAUCAUUGCGCGAGUACGUGUCACGUUGUGCGAGCGCAUCGUUGACAAAUGGCUGCUACUCGCCCGCCGCCAGCGUAGUGAGCACAGCCACCAUACGCACCACCAAUCCCAAGGAGAGCAAAGAGAAACAGAAUCGCAAAAAGUUGCUGGCACGUCCCGGCUCCGAAUUCUCGCUUGGCAACCAGGAAGAACUCGAGCUCGACUACUACGAUUACAAUGUGAUAAAUGCUGGCGCCGCACCGGGUUCCUAUUUGGGUAUGGAUCCCGCACAGCUGAUCUGGGUGCCACCGCUUGAGGUGAUAUCCGAUCUGUGCGACGAGGAAGAUAAAACGCCCGAACCUACGGACGAACCCGACGAGACUGAGCCACUCUACGAGGAGAUAAAAAUGCCGCGUUACGGUCAUUAUCUGAGCGCGCGCAGCAACACCGAGUCGAGCGCCAAUACCACCAGCAAUACGACACCUUCAUCCGAUGAACUCUCACCUUUAGCCAGUCACGUGCAAUCGAAGGCGUCCUCUCCCACAACCGAAAUGAAUCUGAAAAAUAGUCUGUUGCAGCAAACCAUACCCACAACUGCUGGCAGUAAGCAACCAACACCAUAUUUCUCGCGCAAGCAACGCCGUCAAGCAAAACAGCAGUCGAGAUCGGCUUCUUCACUACGAAGUGGACGCGAUGUUAUCAUACCUUUACAACACUUAAGCGGCACCAAAUCUGUACGUAAUGUACGCACAUCACCAACAGCGUCGGAGCAUAUAGAUUCGGUGGGUGCAACACCGCGCAGCUCACCUGAAAUACCCAUAGCAUUAGUCAAUUCCAUAACCGACUCUAUGGCUGAGUCCAUGACUGGUUCAUAUGUGGAGAAAGAGACUGUGGUGGAGAAGAAGACUACGCCAGAGUUGAGUGGGGGCCUACUCAGCUUAGACGAUAUACAAUUCGCUGAUGAAAGUGAAAGUGAUCACGAUGCAUCCAGCAAGAAGAAGACCAAAUACGAGCAACUGAACACGGAAAGUGAGGCAAUCAAGCCGCGCAUGCGCAACUCAUUAGUAGUGGCAAAACUGAAGCGUAUAAGCGCCGACAGUGCAAUAUUGGAGAAACGAGGUCUAGUCAGAGAGCCAAGCUCGUAUCGGAUCGAAACGAAUGUAUGAGUAAUAAAAAAUUGGAAUUAUAAGUAUUUUGUGGUGGCGCAUGGGCGCGAACGAGCAGAGCUCACAAUGAUUUGAAGAGUUACAUUACAUGCAUACAUACGAUUACUCAUAGAAGUAAAUAAUUGGUAAGCGUAAAGGAAGGAGGGCUAAGAUUAGCUGAAAAUUGUUCCAUUUUACUAUAAAUUCUAAUUGUUUCGUUUUUCUUGUAAAUACAUAUACAUAUAUAUGAGAACAGUAUUUAUUUAAUAAUAGACGAAACAAGAAAUAAAUGGAUGUGUGUGUGUACUGUACUAAAAUAGUGUAAAAUGGCGUUUUCUAAGUACUUAAACCGAUCGUAUUAAAUACCUAAUGACAAAAUGUUUACAUAUGCAUACAGACAUAUUACAACUAAUACAUAUACAUAGCACACAUACAUACAUAUGUAGCAGCUAUAUAGUAGAUAGCUAUUGAAUGUCUGCCAAUUUAUCGAGAUAGAAAUGGUACUCAGUGUGGUGGAGGCAAAAUAUAAGGAAGGUAACGUUUUUUUUUUUAAUUUUUCUAUAUUCAUUAUAAAAGUCCAAAAAAAAAGUGUAUGCAUUUUUUGUGAAGAUAAUUUUUAUUUAAAAUAAUAAAC